UAAAGGCAGGGUGCGGAGCAUUAUAAGUUACAGCCAAAGCUUGACAAAGAAUUGCUUUUGCGGACAAAACCCCUGAUAGAAAUAACAGAGAGGACAUUAGAGAGAGAGAGAGAGAGAGAGAGAGAGAGAGAGAGGAAGGGAGAGAGAACGAGAGAUUUUGCCAAUACACUCUUCUCUCUCGCCAUGAUGUCCUUGAAUGGUUCCUCUUUUCUGAAGAACUCCAUUUCUGGGGUUUCGAGGACGCAAUCGCAGUCCUUGAUAUUGCCGGCGAGGCGUCCUAUGGUGGUCGCUGUGGUGAACGCUAAUGGUCGACCGGAGGGAAACGUCGGCGUUUCACUGGAUAACGCUGCUAAGGAGAUAAAUGCUCCGGUGGCAGUUGAAGUCGCCGAGUCUGACUCGAAACAACAGACUGCGAUCGUCGGUGGUGGUGUUGAAGACGUGUACGGUGAAGAUAGCGCCACCGAGGAUCAUUUCAUCACUCCUUGGUCUGUUUCUGUUGCAAGUGGGUAUUCAUUGUUGCGAGACCCACACCAUAACAAAGGUCUGGCCUUUACUGAGAAAGAGCGAGAUGCCCAUUACCUACGUGGUCUUCUUCCCCCGGUUGUUGUCAAUCAUGAUCUUCAGGUAAAAAAGAUGAUGCAUAACAUGCGCCAAUAUCAAGUCCCUCUGCAACGUUACCAGGCCAUGAUGGAUCUUCAGGAGAGAAAUGAGAGGCUGUUUUACAAGUUAUUAAUUGAAAAUGUUGAGGAGCUUCUCCCAAUUGUAUACACUCCAACUGUUGGUGAAGCUUGCCAAAAAUAUGGGAGCAUAUUCAAGAACCCGCAGGGUCUUUUUAUUAGUUUGAAGGACAAGGGGAAGAUUCUUGAGAUAUUGAAGAAUUGGCCUCAGAAAAAAAUUCAAGUUAUAGUUGUCACAGAUGGUGAGAGAAUCUUAGGCCUAGGAGACCUCGGUUGCCAGGGAAUGGGGAUACCUGUAGGAAAGCUCUCACUUUAUACAGCUCUAGGAGGAAUUCGUCCUUCAGCUUGUUUGCCUGUAACCAUUGAUGUUGGCACAAACAAUGAAAAGAUGUUGAAUGAUGAAUUCUACAUUGGUUUAAGGCAAAGAAGAGCAAGUGGGAAGGAGUAUAGCGAACUUAUGAAUGAGUUCAUGACAGCUGUUAAGCAAAAUUAUGGGGAAAAAGUUCUCAUUCAGUUUGAAGAUUUUGCUAACCACAACGCGUUUGAUCUUCUUGCAAAGUAUAGCACCACCCAUCUUGUUUUUAACGACGAUAUACAGGGGACAGCAUCAGUGGUACUUGCAGGGCUUAUUUCUGCUCUAAAAUUAGUUGGUGGAACAUUGGCAGACCAUAGAUUUCUAUUCCUUGGAGCUGGAGAGGCUGGCACAGGAAUUGCUGAACUUAUAGCUCUUGAGAUAUCAAAGCAGACAAAUGCUCCAUUAGAAGAGACACGUAAGAAGGUUUUCCUUGUGGACUCUAAGGGUUUAAUUGUUAAAUCACGUUUGGAUUCACUUCAACAUUUCAAGAAACCCUGGGCCCAUGAUCAUGAACCUGUUAAUGACUUCUUGGAUGUAGUCAAGUCAAUUAGGCCAACGGUAUUGAUUGGAUCAUCAGGGGCAGGACAGACAUUUACCAAAGAAAUUAUCGAAGCAAUGUCCUCAUUCAACAAGAAACCUAUUAUUCUUGCUCUUUCCAACCCAACUUCACAAUCUGAAUGUACUGCUGAACAAGCUUACACCUGGAGUGAGGGUCGGGCUAUUUUUGCAAGUGGGAGUCCAUUUGGUCCUGUUGAAUAUAACGGAAAGGUGUACGUAUCUGGGCAGUCCAACAACGCCUACAUUUUCCCUGGAUUUGGUCUGGGGUUGAUAAUUUCCGGUGCAAUCCGUGUUCACGACGACAUGCUUUUAGCCGCCUCUGAGGCGCUGGCGGAACAGGUUACACAGGAGCAUUUUGACAAUGGACUGAUAUACCCUCCGUUCACCAACAUCCGCAAGAUUUCCGCUCAUAUUGCGGCCAGGGUGGCAGCCAAAGCAUAUGAACUUGGUCUGGCGAGUCGUCUUCCUCAACCAGAAGAUCUUGUGGCAUAUGCAGAGAGUUGCAUGUAUAGCCCCAAGUAUCGCAGCUAUCGUUAGAUAUACAUUACAUUACAUACGUACUCAAUGUGAGUGGUGAAACUAAAGUUGGACACUGGUAGUCGCUGUUUUGCUUUUAGAGGUUAUUUUGUUUUCGUUUUGUUAUGGUAUGUUAGGUUUGUUAUGUUGUAAUAUUAGGGGUAUACCAGUAUGUGUCUCAGUGUCUGUGUUUGUUGUUUUUGUUCUCCAUUAACACAAGAUAUAUAAGUGAGAUCUGAAUUGGUGUUGUUAA